AUGGAAAUCAAGAUACCUGGCAACUCUAUGACGAAAGAUUACUACACUGAAAAUAUCCUUCUUGUGUAUAGAGAGGCAUACAAGGCACUGAAAAAACGCUCUAACGAGCUCAGGGGUCACAUUCCCAAGAAGCUCUGGUACAAAUGGUACUUCCAAGAGGAUAAUGAUCCAUCCCAUGGCACCAAAAACAUUCAAUCAAAGCCUGCUUUGUUCAAGAAGGAUGCAGAGAUGGAGUACUUUUAUCAUCCGGCCAACUCCCCAGACUUCAACCCAAUCGAGGCGAUGUGGCUCAUCAUAAAAGAGUGA